GCCGGGCGCUUGCGUGAGUCCGCGCGCUCUGUGGUGUAGCGCGCUGUGCGGCGCCGCGCGCGAGCUUCGCGGCUCCGGGGACUGGUGGACGCGAGGGUCGCCGCGGGCCGGGAGCGGAGUCCGCGCACCUCCUCUGCCGGAGGCCGAGCGGCUCCUGGCCAGCGGACGGCGGGGCCGCGGCGGUGAUGGCGGCAGCGGAGCCCGCGAGCUCUGCUCAGCCCACGCCGCAGGCCCAGCCGCCGCCGCAAGGGGCGCCAUCCUCGCAGCCGUCCGCGGGGCUCGCCGUGGGCAGUAGCCGGCAUGAGAAGAGCCUGGGGUUGCUCACCACCAAAUUCGUGUCGUUGCUGCAGGAGGCGCAGGACGGCGUCCUGGAUCUCAAAGCGGCUGCAGAUACCUUGGCUGUGAGGCAAAAGCGAAGAAUUUAUGAUAUCACCAACGUCUUAGAGGGAAUUGAUCUAAUUGAAAAAAAAUCAAAGAACAGUAUCCAGUGGAAGGGUGUAGGUGCUGGCUGUAAUACUAAAGAAGUUAUAGAUAGAUUAAGAUAUCUUAAAGCUGAAAUUGAAGAUCUGGAAUUGAAGGAAAGAGAACUUGACCAGCAGAAGUUAUGGCUACAGCAAAGCAUCAAAAAUGUGAUGGAAGACUCCAUUAAUAACAGAUUUUCUUACGUAACUCACGAAGACAUCUGCAAUUGCUUUAAUGGUGAUACGCUGUUGGCCAUUCAGGCACCUUCUGGUACACAGCUGGAAGUACCUGUUCCAGAAAUGGGACAGAAUGGACAAAAGAAAUACCACAUAAAUCUGAAGAGUCACUCAGGACCUAUCCAUGUGCUACUUAUAAAUAAAGAAUCCAGUUCAUCUAAGCCGGUGGUUUUUCCUGUCCCCCCACCUGAUGACCUCACACAGCCUUCCUCCCAGUCCUCAACUUCGGUGACUCCACAAAAAUCCACCAUGGCUGCUCAAAACCUGCCUGAGCAACAUGUUUCUGAAAGAAGCCAGACUUUCCAGCAGACACCAGCUACAGAAAUAUCUUCAGGAUCUAUUAGUGGAGACAUCAUUGAUGAACUGAUGUCUUCUGAUGUGUUUCCUCUCUUACGGCUUUCUCCUACCCCAGCAGAUGACUACAACUUUAAUUUAGAUGAUAAUGAAGGAGUUUGUGAUCUGUUUGAUGUUCAGAUACUAAAUUAUUAGAUUCCACGGAAACUUGGGACUGUUAUCUACCUCUAACUUUAACAUUUUAGGAUUCUUAAUAACCUAAGUAUUUAAAAUUAUGAAUGUAACACCUUUUUAGUUCACUGACUCUGAAAUGUUCUUCCCUAACAUUUUAUUUUAUUUUUUACUUCACAAAACUUGAAAGGGCUCUGACUGCUUGUGGGGGGCAUGAUUAACUGUCCACCAGCACGCCCCUCCAGUGAUUACAUUGAGUUUCAUUUAGUGCUGAAUUCUGUAGCUUCCUCUCCUUAGAGGACAGUUACAGCAGGCUUCAGUUCAUCACAACAAAACAUUGUCCAGAAGAUCACAUAUUUGUCUUUUGUUUUUACUGCCUCAAAGCUGUUUCUAUGUAUCCUUUGAACAGACAUUCACUGCCAUAUAUAAAGUGAAGGAUAUCACAGUUGAGUGAACAGAUUUUGUGAAGUGCCUUCUGUUUUAGCACUUUAAAUCUAUCAGUUUGUUGACUUCUGACAUUCCACUUUCCUAAAGUACAGGAAAGAUCUGUUUAUGUAGUUUGUUUUUAAUAUGUGCCAAUGCCUGUACAUUAACAAGAUUUAAAAAAAAUAAAGUUUUAUGAAACGUUGAGUUUA